AUGAACUCGACUGCCACGCGAGAGAUCAUCAAUCAGCUGGCUGCGUUCUACUCCCUCGACGUGGUGUACAACUUGGGAGACCUGCUCCGGCUGGAGGAACUCCUGGAAUACAACGACCUGGAUGUGGAGACUGCUGCUGAACGCCUCACCGCCACCUGUGAAGAGACGCUCAUCAAGUGCCGCUUUGGGAACGUGUUAUUAAACUGUUCUGAUAUAUUUCAAAUGGAACUGACAGGAGAUGGAUUCUGCUGCAUCUUUAAUGGAAGGUCUUUGAGGAGAGAAAUGGAAGAAGGAGUCAAGAUCAAACGCACUCCCCAACACUGGUACACGAGGGAAUUCGGCUACACCAGUGGUCUGACUAUUGCUGUCAAUCAGAGUCAGAAGCCGACUAGCAUUGAUCUUACUUAUAAGUGGAUAGCUCUUCAAACCAGCCAGCACUUCGUGGACACAACCAUGAACGGCACAGCUCUCAACCCUGGUGCCGAGCAAUGGAUCUCAUACUCCAGCAUCGGCUUCCAGAUAGCCAAGGGCGCGAAGACACUCAGCCCGUCACUCAGGAAAUGCAAUUUGUCCACCAAUGUGUUGCGCUACUUUCCGCAUUAUAGCAAGAACUACUGUCUGCAAGAGAAGGAGAUGGCGAACACGUUGAACAAAUGUGGGUGCGUGCGGACUCCGCACCCGCGACCCCCGGGGACUACCAGGUGCCGGGCUCCCAUGCUGCUGUGUGCCACACAGGCUAUGAUCUCAUAUGACACGAGCGCCGACUGCCCACUGACGUGUGAUGUGGAGAACAUCAUAGUCACCGCUUCCAGUUUCACGCUUGACCCUACCGUGAGGACCGUGGAAUCCUUCUACAACGGUUUGAACUUCAAGAAGGUGACAGUAGUGAGAAUCUUCAUUCAGGGUCGCAAACGUAAGACUAAAGAACGAUGGAGCUACUUUGGAUACUACGACUUGUUUUCUCAACUGGGAGGUAUGUUCAACGUAUGUUUCGGCUGCAGUGUACUCACGAUGCUGGAACUGCUGCAAAUCGGCUGGAGGUUCAUGCUCAUCAGGGUACAGCAGUACUUGGAUAAUCGUCACAUUCGGCACGUCAAACAUCCUCAAAAGAAAUAG